AUGUGUAAUAAUCAAAAUUCUUUAAUAACAUUGAUAUCAAAAAAUGAAUUUUUAUCAACUAAAUUAACAUCUCAAGUUAAUAGACAAUUACAAGAUCCUGUUGUUAUUAUGAUGGGACACAUACCAUCAUGGAUAGCAGAAAUGGCUUAUUCAUGUUUACUUUUAAUUCCAUCUGAAACACGACAAAUGCUUUUUCUAUCCAUGUGCAUUUGA